ACCGCGGUGGGUUAUUCUGCAUCCAGUACCGAGUCACGAGCCGCCUGUAACUACCACCCUAAACAGGUUAUGGAGGUCCCCCACCUGACUUAAUCUGCCGCAUCCAGCGAGGAGAGGUGGAGCUGUGGGUCUGUGAUGAUGAGAAUGGUGGAGAUACCUCAAGGUUGGAGGACCUGCUGCCAGGAGGUGCCUGGCUGCUGCACAGAGCUGAGAAGCAGCCUCCUGCGGAAGGGCCUGCAGACCUGGAGCCAGCAUGGACUUCCCCAGGGAGUUUGGGCGAGAUGGGCACCCCGAGACCUGAGAAGAUGAGGCAUACUGGCAAGAAGCCCCAUGUAUGUGCCAAGUGUGGGAAGAGCUUCACCUGGUCCUCACACCUGAUCCGGCACCACUUCACGCACACAGGGGAGAAGCCACAUCGGUGCUCAGAGUGUGGGAAGAGAUUCACCCGCUCCUCUGACCUGGCUCGGCACCAGCGCACCCACGUGGAAGAGAAGGCAUAUCCGUGCUUGGAGUGUGGGAAGAGAUUUCCUCAAUCUUCCCAUCUAGGCAAACCCCAGCUUUUCCGCACAGGGGAGAAGGCAUAUCGGUGCUCAGAAUAUGCAAAGAGCUUCAUUUGUUCCUCUGACCAGGCCCAACACCAAUGCAUCCACACAGGGGAGAAGCCGCAUCAGUGCUCAGAGUGUGGGAAGAGCUUCACCCGCUCCUCCAACCUGUUCCGGCACCAGGUGAUCCACACAGGGGAGAAGCCACAUUGGUGCUCUGUGUGUGGAAAGAGCUUCACCCAGUCCUCCCACCUGAUCCGGCACCAGUUAAUCCACAGAUGGGAGAAGCCAGGGUGGUGUUUCGAGUGUGGGGAGAGCUUCCUUUCCGCCUCUGACCUGGCCCGACACAAGCGCAUCCACACAGGGGAGAAGCCACAUCAGUGCUCCGAGUGUGGGAAGAGCUUCACCUACUCCUCCAGCCUGGUUCAGCACCAGAUGAUCCACACAGGGGAGAAGCCACAUCGGUGCUCAGAGUGUGGAAAGAGCUUCAACCGCUCCUCCAACCUAGUCCAGCACAAGAUGAUCCACACAGGGGAGAAGCCACAUCGGUGCUUAGAGUGUGGGAAGAGCUUCACCCGCUCCUCUCACCUGACCCAGCAUUGGUUCAUCCACACCCGGAAGCAUCCAUAGUUUUGGGGCAAUGCAGGAAAGUGUUUGGGUAUGCCCACCUGCUCAAUGCCCACCAGUGGCUGCCUUGAGCCAAGCAGCCUCGUGCUGGUGGACUGCAGCAAGAGUUCACCCAGCCUUUGACCCUUCUAUGGACCUGCAGACCCCACAGGAGCCAGAGGCUGGCCCCAAGAUUUGGUGAUGGAAGGGGCUAAGAGGAAAUAC